CCAUAAUGUGGCCUAGGCUUUAACCGCUGUUGACCAGUGAUGCGGCAUCUGUGUUGAGUUCCGCUUAGGUCAUCGUCCAGCACGUGAAAUGGCUGGACAACGACGAUCAUUGUCCAACCUACUGCCCGCCCUUCGACAAAGAUGGAAGAUGUGACAGUCAUAGAUGAAAGCAUCCCUCAGACUCAAUACCAAGAUAGUGCUGAUAAUGUAGGAAAAGGCAUAAAAGAACCUUGUCCGGAACGGCGGCGUACUGUCCAAAGACGGAAACUCUCAAGCGGACGAGUGCGCGCAUGCGAACGCAGAACAUUCACACAAAGGCCAAAGCCCCCAGCUGAAGUUGACAAGGACAGUCCUCCGCCACUACCACCGCCACUACUGCCGCAUCUUCUUAGCCAAGGUCAACCGUCACCAAGUCGAUCCUCGACUUCUUUACACUUACCUAUGUUCCGGCUGGCGACGAAGACGACUUCGACUGAUACUGUCACCCGUGCAAACCUUCAGGGUUCAUCAUCAAGUCCACAAAAUGGGAUCAAUCUGUACAAGCAAUCAAGAUUAUCUCAUAAUGCAAUUCCAACACGUUCAUCAAUACCUUCCGAAGGGGAACGCGCACAUGAAGUGCCCUCCGCAAAAAGCCCAAAAGCAGGCCAGUCGUUAAAGCAGAGGUCCGAAACACGAUCUGCCAUGCCACAGACGAUGAUCAAGUGUACCUCUGUAAAUGCGACCAUAGCGUUUCCAACAAAGAUGCGAAAUCCCCUUCUCCAGCGAUUGAUCAAAAAUCCCGCGGCUAGCCCCGUCGCGACGAAGAAACCCGAUCCCCCAAAAGGCAAAUCAGGAUUGUGUGAGGACUUUGUCAGACGUGCGCCACUCUCCCCUGCCCGUCCAAAUUGCCCUGGGAAUCCAUCCAGCAUAACUGCUCCCGUAACCCCUGUAUACCGCAAGACCAAGCUGAUGGGGCUGGCGUUGGAUGAGGCUUCAGAUGACAAACGGCAACCAAAAAGGAAGCGAUUGGAACUAUGGCAAGCGGGAACCAAUAGUACAAGGAAGGAAAAGGCGACCUUUCGACUCUUCUAGUGAUUGUUCAUCUUUUGUAAAUAGUAGAUCUAGUUUCAUCUGGAUGGUGAACUCAAUCUUGGUUUAUCAGUAUACCAAAUAGAAAAUAUGGCCGCGAUGCAUCGGUCCAUCCAAUAAACAUAUAAAGUCGUGCACAAGCACAGUAAAUUAUUCGCAUCAAUUAAUAACACUGCAAACUACGCCCCGAAAAAUGGGUUACUACAUGAUAUUGCA